ACUGAUGGAUACGUACUUUAGGCCCUAUGUCAUGUGUGUAACCAUUGAGCAAGGGUAGGAACGUAAUGGCUGACGCUCCGUCAUCGUUCGCUUCUCCUCAAGAAGAGUUAGCGUACUGGAAAAAACUGGCAGAUGAUUACCGGAAAAAUUGGGAGGAAGCCAAAGAAGAACUGGAUGAAUUUCAGAUCAGCAGUCAGGAAUUAGAGGCAGAGUUAGAAACACAACUAGAAAGUGCUGAAGGCAAAGUCAAAGAAUUGACAGUUGCAAAGGAAAGACUACAGAAUGAGGCUGAUAUUCUAAAGGAAAAGUUAGAGCAUUCUCAAAAUGAAUAUUUGCGGCAAAUCAAUGAACUUCAGGAUGAGUUGGCUCAGAUCAAGGCUAUCCGGGAAGAAUUGUCCAAAUACAUCAGGGAAUUGGAGCAGCAUAAUGAUGAUUUAGAAAGAGCAAAAAGAACUACUGUCACAUCCUUAGAAGAUUUUGAAGCUAGAUUGAAUUUGGCAAUUGAGAGGAAUGCAUUUCUGGAGAAUGAACUUGAUGAGAAGGAAAGUCUGGAAGUAACAGUUCAGAGAAUGAAAGAUGAGGCACGAGAUAUGGCCCAUGAAUUGGCAGUAAAAGGCAAGAUGAUGACUGUAAGGAACUCACAGGUUUUACCAGACAAUGAUAGGAUGGACACGACCCCUCAGAAACAUGGCAAUACAAGGCUGCCUGAAACAGACAACAAGGUCUUACACGAAGCAGAAACUAAUACUACUCCUGGAUUAAACAGAGCCGAAACUGGUGGAAGUGCUGGAUUCACCCCAUUAACGCCUUCUGCCCGAAUCUCAGCUCUUAAUAUUGUUGGCGAUCUACUUAGAAAAGUUGGGGCUUUAGAAUCAAAGUUGGCAUCGUGUAGAAAUUUUGUGAAAGAGCCACCUAGGAAAGCCAAUAGUCCUGUUGAUUCACCAAGGGCAGCCAAGAGAGCCAACAGGACAGGGACAACAUCAUCAAGUACACUGCAAGGAAUGGUUAAGAUCACUGUAUGAUCAACCAGUCCAAGUCCAUAUACAGCAUUUUUAAGGCAGGGUGUACAGAAACUGCAGUGGCAGGUCCAGGGAAGAGGGCACUGAGUGACGCCCCCUUCUCCCUACUACAUGUACAUUUAUGUAGGUUAUUAUUUUUUUUUACGGCAUACAACAAAUGCCUAUCUUAAUGUUAUGCUACCGCCAAGCAAUCAGUGACUGGAACCACUAUUCUGGCCUGUGCCCAUGAUACAUGUACGGCACGCACAGAUUGUAUGCAUACAACACUUGGAUUCAUUACCUAGUGUACUAAUAUUCACAUGUUCAACAUUACAGUGUUCAACAAUGAGCAUGGUAAAUUUAGGAAGCGAGUGCAAAAUUA